AGCAGUAAUAAUUCAAAUGACAAAUUGUUGGUCUCUAGUACACUGAGAUAUAGGACUCAUCAUAACUUGGGAUCAUCCACAUUGAAAUAGAGAUUAAUUUCAAAUCCCUCUGAAAACAACAAGGCAUUUUCUGAAUUGGAUGAGGUAGAGGAGGAUUUAGAUAGUGAUCAUAAGGCUGUUUUAAUUACUGACGGGAUGUAUGUCGAAGAAGAAAGUAAGAAUACAAUAAGAUUAUGUAGUGACACCAAGACAACCAUGGUAUUACAGAUCAGCAUUGCCUUAAUAAUUGAGUAAUAAGACUGAAUCUAAGAAUUGGGAGUUUGGAAGCGAGAGAAAAAGAUUUAAAAGCAAACCGUCUCUUGCUUCUUUCACAUCGAAUUCAAGUUGUAUGAAGGGAUGCACUAUGACUCUGAAAGAGGAAUUCUAGAAUAUUCAACAAUCUCAACAAAGUGAACGUGUUGUUGAAGACGAUGAAUUCAAAGAAAAGGAUACUGAAGUCAAUAAUAGUUAUGAAAUCGCUUAAUUAGUUCAAUAAGAGCAGAUCAUCUCAGAUUCUACUAUUCUAAUAAAUAGAAAACACAGCUCUGUUAGACUUGUAGAUUCUAAUUAGAAAGAUAAGUAUAUUUGAGUAUUAAUAAUUAUAGGAAGAGUAGUGUUAUUACAUACAUUGGAGUAACUAUUUGUUCCAUCGGUGUUCUAUGCUGGGGGGCUAAGAAAUUAUAUGAAAAGUACUGUUGA